AUGUCAACCCAGCGACGACGAAAAAGACUAGGACAAACAAGCAAACAAGAGCCCGAAGAAUCUCCAGCAGUACAAUGGCUUGACUGGUUAGGCCAGUUCCAGUUACAGAAAUAUGUUAGCUUGUUAACCUUGCUUUUUUGCUUUUAUGUGCGAUGGGCAGUUGGACUUAAUAAGUAUUCUGGUUUCGAUGUACCUCCAAUGUACGGAGACUACGAAGCACAACGUCAUUGGAUGGAACUCACGCUCCACAUCCCUAUAAAACAAUGGUAUUACUAUGAUCUCGAUUGGUGGGGAUUAGAUUAUCCGCCGUUAACAGCCUACGUGAGCUGGAUCUGUGGUAAAAUUGGUUCAUUAUUUAAUCCUGAUUGGUUUGCACUGGAUGCCUCACGAGGCUAUGAAAGUUUAGAGAGUAAAGUAUUUAUGCGGUCUACCGUGAUUUUUUUUGAAUACGUGAUUUAUGUGCCUGGAAUUUUUGUGUUUGUGAAUUGGUGGUUCAAUGACGCGUCAAAAAAAAAGAAGAAUCUAGUUACGCUCCUAAUUCUUCUUCAACCCGUAUUGAUCUUGAUCGAUCAUGGUCAUUUUCAGCAAAUACAAUUCUGUUAUGCUCGGACUCUCAAUUUUGGCAAUCGAUUGUUUCUUGUGCGAUUACGACGAAAAUGCUUCAAAGUAGAACACGGAUUUCUGCUUUUUAUAAAACUUGGAUUAACAGUUCUUGUAACUUUCGGCGUAAUAUUUAUGCCGUUCCUAGAUUCAAUUGAUCAUAUCAGUCAAGUGAUCACGCGUGUGUUUCCCUUACAACGUGGACUAUAUGAGGAUAAAGUGGCGAACGUGUGGUGCGCGAUGAAUGUCGCUGUUAAAUUGAGAGAAAUGUUUGAGAUUCAGACGUUGAUGAAAAUUAGUUUGACCACUACUCUAUUAUCAAUUAUCCCAUCCUGCAUAAGACUUGGCCUAAAACCCGAUAAACGUUCACUAGUUUAUGGAAUUGCAAAUUCAUCGCUAGCGUUCUUUAUGUUUUCUUUUCAGGUCCAUGAAAAGUCUAUAUUAUUGCCUGCUCUUCCGAUUACUUUACUAAUACUAGAUGAGAGUCUAUGGAGCCCAUGGUUUAUCAAUGUUGCGGUGUUUAGGUAA